AUGUCUUACAACACAGAUAAUCCAAAUUGUACUUGUGGGUUGAGAGCUGAGAUUCGUACUUCGUGGAAAACUCCCAAUUGUGGAAGAAGAUUUUUCUCGUGUCUCCAUUGGCCUGGAGGAGGAUGCAAGUUUUUUGGAUGGGUCGAUCCUCCUCUUUGUGCCCGUGCUCAACAAAUAAUUCCUGGGUUGCUCAGGAGAUUGAAUGAAAUAGAAGAAUCGAGUAAGAGUGCUGACAUUGAAAAAUUCGAGGUUCUGAAGUUUGAUGAAGAAAACAAGAAAUUGAAGAAACUCAAUUUUCAGUCUGAAGAAAAAAACAAGAAGUUGAAGAAACUCAAUUUUGAGUUUGAAGAAGAAAACAAGAAACUAAAGGCAGAAAUUCUGAAAUUGAAGUAUGAGAGCUGCACUGGGUUUCCUCUGACUAACUGCUCAUACAUGGAUGGUCCAGGAGUUGAUCUUUGCAUUGUGGCCAUCAAAGGUGUCUGGGACUGUUGUGUAGAAAUUUCUUCCAUCACCAUACUUUCAUCUUCAUGA